AUGGCUAACUGGAGCCCCAAUUCGUGGACUACGAAACCCAUCAAGCAGGAUGUGGUCUACAAGGAUGCGCAAGGUGUAAAAGAUGCUUUGGACAAGCUCCACAAGCUCCCGCCGCUUGUUACUACUCAAGAGAUCAACAACCUCAAGAACAGUCUUAGAAAUGUGGCUCUGGGGAAGGCAUUUGUUCUCCAAGGAGGUGACUGUGCCGAACUCUUUGACUACUGCAAUCAAGAUAUGAUCGAGGCCAAAGUCAAGCUGUUGUUGCAAAUGAGUUUGAUCCUUAUCUGGGGAGCCAACAAACCUGUCAUUCGAAUUGCCCGUAUUGCAGGUCAAUUUGCCAAACCGCGUUCCAGCCCAACAGAAGUUAUUGGCGGGGUAGAGAUGCCCUCAUUCCGCGGCGACAAUAUCAAUGGCUUUGCGGCCGACCAGGAGUCCCGGCGUCCAGAUCCAUCACGUCUGGUAUCGGCAUACUUCCACUCCGCCGCUACUCUGAAUUACCUACGUGCAUCUCUUUCCUCAGGUCUCGCUGACCUACACUCCCCACUCGACUGGGGUCUUGGUCAUGUCAUCACCCCCGCGAUCAGAGAGCAAUACGCCCAGAUUGUCAAAGCAGUCAAAGAUGCGCUCAAAUUCAUGAAGACGGUUGGUAUUGAUAAAGACCGAGGUGUCGAGACCGCUGAUAUCUACACCAGCCACGAGGGACUGUCCUUGGAAUACGAGCAGAGUUUGACACGAUUGCUUCGGCACCCAGCUCACGCCAGCACUGAAACAACUGGGGAGAUGGGAAGUGGUUUCUACGCUACCUCUGGCCACUUCAUUUGGAUUGGUGAUCGCACACGACAGCUUGAUGGCGCCCAUGUGGAAUUCUUCCGUGGAAUUGCCAACCCGAUCGGCAUCAAGGUUGGUCCAAGCAUGCAGGGUGAUGAGCUAGUCCGCUUGCUCGACGUGGUAAACCCAACCAAGGAAGUUGGAAAAGUCACUCUCAUCUCACGAUACGGCGCGAAGAAAAUUGCCGACUUCCUCCCAGGUCACAUUGCGGCCGUCCAGGCGUCCGGCCAUAUCCCCGUCUGGCAAUGCGAUCCCAUGCAUGGAAACACACAAGCCACACCUUCCGGUGUCAAGACCCGUCAUUUCACGGAUAUCUUAGAGGAACUGCGACAGGCGUUGGAGAUUCACCGGGCGGCUGGGUCAUUCUUGGGUGGUAUGCAUCUCGAAUUGACUGGAGAAGCAGUGACCGAAUGCGUGGGUGGUGCUGCUGGGCUUACUGAGGAUGGACUUGGGGAGCGGUACACAACGUUCUGCGACCCUCGUCUUAACGAAAAGCAAGCUCUUGAAUUGGCUUUCCUUGUUGCGGGUUUCUACCGCCAAGAGUCGGAAGAUUAG